UCCGUGGUUUAGGGUUUCCAAUAUAAACUUCCUUCACUGUUGUUUUGAAGGGCAACCUUCUGCGGCCCUUCAAUUUGGGAAAAUUUCCGACGGACCUCAACUCAAGAACUUUUUUGUCAAGUGCUCCUAUUAUCAAAGGAAAUGAGCACUGCGAUUCGUACAACUCCGAAAUCCGGGAGUAAGUCUUUGUUUUUCCAAGAUUUAGCUUCACCAAUCUCUGCCCGCAGAGGGAAAUUCUCUAGUCCAGGUCAAUCAGCUGCUGUCUCAGCACUAUGGAAGGAGAAUUUCGGAGGUUCAGAUCUUCCACCUCCUCCUAUGUACACAUUGGAAGACCGUUUGGAUUUAUCUCCUGAAUCCGGGAUAUUGGAUUACCCUAUGUCUCCCGAAUGCAAGUCAGACCAAAGAAGUCCGGUUCAAAGUUCUGGACAUGACUUCUUAACUCUGGCAAAGUCCAAGUCAGGGGCAAGCACUUCAUUUGUUAUACUUAAUGGGCAGCAGAAUCAGCUGAAUGCUACGAGUUCGAGUUGGUGGUCACAUGCAAAGAUGAGUGGUAGCGAGCAGGAUGAGAAGGGAAAGGGUUCUCCUGUCGAGGGUGUGGUUCAGCCUGGUGCUUUGAUCACACUUCCGCCUCCAAGGGAGGUUGCUAGGCCUGAAAUACAAAGGAAUUGCGUACCCACAGGCAAUCUUGAUGAGGAAGAAUGGGUCACAGUUUACGGGUUUUCUCCCUCGGAUACAAAUUUAGUUUUGCGAGAGUUUGAAAAGUGUGGUGUGAUAUUGAAGCAUGUUCCUGGUCCAAGGGAUGCUAACUGGAUGCACAUUCUUUAUCUGAAUCGGUCUGAUGCUCAGAAGGCUCUCAGCAAGAAUGGAAUGCAAAUCAAUGGAGUACUAAUUGUCGGUGUGAAGUCAGUGGAUCCAAUGCAACGCGAGGCCCUAAACGAAAGAAUGAAUAAUCAGGGUUUCAUGACUUUGCCCCCACCAUCGAGUAGAACAUCGGAGCUGAACAAUUUCCGACCAUCGCGCCCUUACUAUCUUCAAAAUGGCAAUGCCAACGCACGUCAUUCAGGAGGCGCAGCUAUUGCAAACCCUACAAAAUCGCUAGGGGCCAAAGUCAUGGAAUACAUGUUUGGAUAUUAGG